AUGGCUUCUGACAGCUUUGUGCAACCAGCUAUACCACGCUUUGAUGGUGACUAUGACCAUUGGAGCAUGCUCAUGGAGAACUUCUUGAUGUCCAAAGAAUACUGGACGGUUGUUGUCAACGGAAUAGUAGAACUAGCAGAAGGUUCUGUGGUGACUGAUGUUCAAAAGACAGAGCUUGAAGGACGAAAGUUGAAAGAUCUCAAAGCAAAGAAUUAUCACUUUCAAGCCAUUGAUCGUUCAAUCUUGGAGACCAUUCUUUGCAAAGAUACCUCCAAGCAUAUUUGGGAUUCCAUGAAAAAGAAAUAUCAAAGAUCAACAAGGACAAAGAGGCAACAACUUCAGGCACUUCGUUUGGAGUUCGAAUUGCUUCGAAUGAAAUCAGGAAAGUCAGUUACAGAAUAUUUCUCGCGGAUGAUGGCAGUUGUCAAUAAAAUGCGUACCCACAGCGACAAAAUGGAAUAUGUCAUUGUUGUUGAGAAGAUUCUUCGAUCCCUGACACCAAAAUUUAAUUUUGUUGUUUGUUCUCUAGAAGAAUCUAAUGAUAUUGAUGUACUUUCAAUUGAUGAAUUACAAACAGAGGACACCAAGGAAGAGGCAGAAACAGUAGAGGUUGAGGUAGAGGCAGAGAUUACAACAAUCAUGGAAGAGGAAGAGGGAGAGGAGAGAUGGCUUCCACUCAAAUACUUUCAGACUUGA